AUGGCUUCGAGCGUGACGGCUUCAGACGCCUCGCCGGCCCCUACCAACGGCCACGGCGAGAAGCGCAAAGCCGAGGGAGACGCCUCGGGCGACAAGCAAACACACACAAGGUCGAAAAGAAAUAGAUACAUUUCCAUUGCGUGUAACGAGUGCAAACGCCGCAAGAUCAAGUGCAACGGUCAAACACCAUGCCAGCGAUGCGGCAAUCUCUCGCUAGAGUGUGUCUAUGCGCCAAACUGUUGCACAAAUUCCCUCAAGGACUCGGCUGAGUUUAAUCAAAUGCGCGAGCACAUCAGGGCUCUGCAGGACCAAGUCAAUGAGCUUCACGCCAGUCUGAAUGAGCUUCGAAACAGGACCGAUGCCAUGUAUUCCGGUCCGGUUGACCCCAACUUCGCUCCGGACAGCACGCAACGCUCCAUGUCCAUGUCUGUAUCGCGCACGCUGCCUCCACUGAUCUCUUCAAAGAGACCGCCGCCGAGGGCCUUACCACAGUUCCAUGGACCUACCAGUACUUUGUACGGGUUGGAUGUUGCCAGAUCGUCACUGAAGACCAUGGGCAUAACACACACUGCACCGGAGGAUGGGGCAGUGUCCCGCGAGCGAAGCCGAGCAGCCUCACCGGCAUCGUUACUACCACCACAUCCCACCAAAGAUCCCUUGUGGCUCAUUGACUCCGCGGAAGUCGAGCGCCUACUGAACGUUUAUGACGAAGAAAUUGGCAUCAUGUAUCCGGCAGUGGAUAGUGAGAGGCUCCACAAGCACGCUACUGUGCUCUAUAAGUUUAUCGGGGCGUCUCUGCGAACAGGCUUUGGGCAACCCGGCCUGCCAGGUGCUGAUACCUUUGACGACGAGGACACGACCAUCCUCAAGAUGGUUCUCGCCAUUACUUUGACGGUCGAGGGCCAUGGCCGCAGUGAGCUCGGCCAAAGGUUUUUUGACGCGGCGAAGCCAGCCACAGAUCUGAAACUUGUGACGGCAUUGGACCUCAAGUCGGUCAUGUUGACUGUCCUCACAGCUACGUUUUACUUUCAAAAGGACGAGGAAGCACAAGCCUGGCGGUUCAUUGGCAUUGCCGCACGCAUGUGUAUCGAGAUGGGCCUUCACCGGAAGGACUCGCUGCUCCGCUCUUUCACCAACGAAGCUGAAUAUCGGCAGGCGGUCCGGAUCUUUUGGACCGUCUAUGCCCUUGAUCGUCGUUGGAGUUUUGGUACGGGGAUGCCAUUCGCGUUACAAGACGCAGACAUUGAUCCCGCGUUACCGGAGCCAGAUGAGAGCCAUCAAUAUCUAAGGCAUAUUACUAAAUACAACCAAAUUGCUACCAAGGUGUGGUAUCACAAUCUUUCAUACGAGGCGGGCCAGAACACCAAAAAGGACGAGAUUGGCUUUCUGGACUAUCAGGUUCUACAAUGGUACCAACAGCUACCCGAUUCGUUACAAUUCCGCAACCACGACUUUCCUCGUGAGAAGGACAAUUCUGGACGGGCCGUUCAGCGCCUUCGCUUGCUCAUGUAUCUGCGGAGGAACCAGGCGCGCAUAUCAAUAUACAGGCCCAUUCUUCAUUCGGCGACUAGUAUCGUGGAGAACCGUCACUACGCGCAGAACGUGGUCGACGUCGCCAAAGAUACGAUCAACACUCUCACUGCGGUGAAUCAGGUUUCCGACAUUUACAGGACGCAGCAGAUCUUGUACAAUUAUUUCUUGGUCCAGGCUUUGGCUGUCCUCUUCCUCUCGGUCGCCCACGCCCCGGGAAUCUUCUGCGCUCAGACGAGGCAGGAAUUCUACGCCGCAAUCGAGAUUGUCAAGGGCUUCAGCACGAAAUCUCACGUGUCAAAGCGACUUUGGAGAACGAUCCGGGGUUUGAAGGACGUUGGAGAUAAAAUCGGCCUGUUGGCUCGAGUAGGCACUUCGUUGAACGAUGCGGAGCAGGAUGCACAUUCCAAUGCAGCUGUGGCGAUGGCGGGUUUGGCCGGCCACAAAGUUGACUACAAUUCCUACGGGAAUUCUCAUCAGGGCAAUGGAAACCAGGAGUUGGGGGUCAGUCCGGAUGAUGCUCUCCAGAUCACGAAUGAGUUGUCAAGCCUGUUCGAACUGGCGGGCGGAUACGGUAGCACAACACCGGCUCCAGAAGCUUUCAAUUUCGUUGGCGCGGCCGGGGAUGUUGGCUUGGAAGGCACCAAUGCGUUCGGGAAUGAACCUGAACUGACGAGGAUCAUGAAUGAGUUGUUUUGA